CGUAGCUAGGUAUGUAAUAAACCCAACUCAGUUAUUUAAUUUGCUACGAGCUGGUGGGAAUUUAUAACUCAAAAAAGAGAAAAUUAAAGUGGGAUUAGGUAGCAAUGGAGGUACAGAGAGUGCAAGCUGUUGCAAAUUCCUUGUCUCUUGCCACUGGUACCAUCCCUGCAGAAUUCGUUAGGCCUCAGCAAGAACAGCCUGCUAUCACCACGUUCCGGGGACCCGUCCCGGAAAUCCCGACCAUCGAUCUCGGCGACCCGGAUCAAGAAAACCUGGUCCGCUCCAUUGCGAAUGCCAGCAAGGAGUGGGGGAUAUUCCAAGUUGUGAACCAUGGCAUUCCUACUGAUAUUAUAAGCAAAUUACAGGCUGUUGGAAGAGAGUUCUUCCAACUCCCUCAGGAAGAAAAAGAAGUGUACGCUCGGCCCUCAUCCUCUCAGAGCAUUGAGGGCUACGGAACCAAACUGCAGAAAGAUCUCGACGGCAAGAAAUCUUGGGUGGAUCAUCUUUUCCAUAAGAUUUGGCCUCAGACAUGCAUCAACUACGAGUUCUGGCCCAAGAACCCUCCUUCUUACAGAGAGGCGAACGAAGUGUAUGCAAAAUAUAUGCGUGAGGUGGCGGCUAAGCUGUUUGAGAGCCUGUCAUUAGGAUUAGGGCUUGAAAGGCAUGUACUGAAAGAAGCAGCGGGUGGGGAGGAGAUAGAAUACCUUCUGAAAAUAAAUUAUUACCCACCAUGUCCUCGACCUGAUCUCACACUGGGAGUGGUUGCUCAUACUGAUUUGUCCGCCAUGACCAUUCUCGUCCCUAACCAUGUCCCUGGACUCCAAGUUCUCAAGGAUGAACACUGGAUCGAUGCCAAGUAUAUUCCCAAUGCCCUGAUUAUCCACAUUGGUGACCAGAUUGAGAUUCUCAGCAACGGUAUAUACAAGGGCGUGCUGCACCGUACCACAGUGGAUAAAGAAAAGGCGAGGAUGUCUUGGCCUGUAUUCUUGGAGCCACCUACGGAAUGCGUAGUCGGACCUCUUCCUCAACUUGUUAAUGAAGCAAACCCUCCCAAGUAUAAGGUCAAGAAAUUCAAGGACUAUGCUUAUUGUAAACUCAACAAGCUUCCCCAGUAAUCAAAUUAUUUAAUUAAACCUAAUUAAGAGUACUAUGACUAUGAGGAUAUCCGAAUAAUAAGGGUAUUAAAAGGGUUCUCCUGUUUUUUCUUGUGAUUUUUUGGCAAUGAUGGAGACAUGAUGUUGACAUUAUUUGUGUGUU